UCCUGCUUCUCCGGCGCAUUUCCUGCUUUCUUUCUCUUCUUUCAUUCUCAUCAGCCUUGCUGCUCUUCCUCGUCUUCUCCCUCCUUUCUCUCCCUCGUGGUUUGCCUUGUGUGUUGUUGUGUCCACGGCCGUGCCAGCCUCGGAUCGUCUCCACCCGCCUUGAUCUUAUCUCAAUCUUGGGUCCCGCCUUCUAGAACCUUUUCUUUUUCUUCACUCGUCCUCGCGACUCUCCUCCUCCCCUCUUCCUCUCUCUCUCCCCCCACAGAUUCAUCAUGACUUCUCCCUCCACAAUCCGGCAGAGAUUCCUCUCCAAGCCCAACCAGUUGGGUGUGGUGGCCGUGGGCUUCAAUGGCGGCCAGUGCAAGAUGGGCGUCGAAGCGGCUCCGAUGGCUCUGGUCGAGGCCGGUCUCCUCGAGCAACUGCGCGACGAUCUGGGCUACGACCUGCACUAUGACGACCAGGUUCACUACUACGAGGACAAGAUGCCCGCCGCCGACCCCGACCACCGCGGCAUGAAGAAGCCCCGGUCGGUCAGUGCCGUCACCGAGGCGCUGAGCACGCAGGUCUAUGAGCACGCCAAGGAGGGCAAGUUUGUGCUGACCCUGGGCGGCGACCACUCGAUCGCGAUCGGUACCAUCUCGGGCACGGCCAAGGCCAUCCGCGAGCGCCUGGGCCGCGAGAUGGCGGUCAUCUGGGUGGAUGCGCACGCCGAUAUCAACAUCCCCGAGAUGAGCCCCAGCGGUAACAUCCACGGCAUGCCCAUGGCGUUCCUGACGCGCCUGGCUCGCGAGGAGCGUCCGGACAUUUUCGGGUGGCUGCAGGAGGAGCACAUUGUCAACACGCGCAAGCUGGUGUACAUUGGUCUCCGGGAUGUGGACCGGGGCGAGAAGCAGAUUCUCCGGGAGCAUGGCAUUAAGGCGUUCAGCAUGCAUGAUAUUGACCGGUACGGCAUUGGUCGCGUGGUCGAGAUGGCCCUGGCGCACAUUGGCAACGACACGCCGAUCCACCUGUCGUUUGACGUGGAUGCGCUGGACCCGCAGUGGGCGCCCAGCACGGGCACGCCAGUGCGCGGUGGACUGACGCUGCGGGAGGGCGACUUCAUCUGCGAGUGUGUGCACGAGACGGGCAACCUGGUGGCGAUGGAUCUGGUGGAGGUGAACCCCAGCCUGGAGGAGUCGGGGGCGAGCGACACGAUCCGGACGGGAUGUUCGUUGGUGCGGAGUGCGCUGGGCGACACGCUGUUGUAGAUUAGACCAAUGGAGUAUAGAUAGAGGAUGAUUUAUGAGCAAUAAAUUCGGCAGCAGUUUAUCGGCAUCAGGGUUGGGGCUAAUCCCGCCACCGCAUUUCCUGCACAUUUCCUGCCACCGGAUUUUCAUGGGAGUACUCCGUAAUGGGUACGCAGUACGGAGGACAUUCUUCAUUCUUUCUUCUUCACUUGUCAUCCUACUUUGUAAGGUUAAGCUGUCCGAUAAAUACCUGGUUUAAAAUUAUCUAUCGGUUUGUUAGAGCUGAGCAUUGGACCCGCACGGCAUCGCUUCAUCGGUCAGGAACACACCAAUGCGCUGGCAGUCAAGCCUCGACGAGUCAGGCGAAAGUGACGCUUCUGCCUGAUCUGAUACAAC